AUGGGAGACACACUUCUUACUGCUCUGUCAAUAGAAAACCACCAUCCUUCCACCAUUCUAUCCAUGGACUCCAGCGCCUCGUCUUCACACGACGAGCUCGACCUCGAGAUGAACCGUCAGGUCAUCCUGACCCGCCCGCCCGACAUCAACCUGCCCCUCUCGGCCGAGCAGAGCCCGACCCCUCAUUUUUGGAACCCUGACCAUUCUGACAUUCUCGACGUGGGGCUGAGCACCCAAAUAUACGAGACUGAGAGCUUUCUGGCAGUCCCCAAAACGGGCCGUAAGUGCGCAAAACGGGCCGACAGCAUAUGGGGCGCCUGGUUUUUCUUCAGCUUCUACUUCAAGCCCGUAUUAAACGAGAAGUCGAAGGCCAAGAUAAUCCGGGAUGGGAAUGGGGUCUCCGGUUUCGAAAAAUCCGACCUCAAGCUUGACACUUUCCUGGUCCAGCACGAUAUGGAGAACAUGUACAUGUGGGUUUUCAAGGAGAGGCCUGAAAACGCGCUCGGGAAAAUGCAGCUGAGGAGUUACAUGAACGGGCACUCACGCCAAGGCGAACGGCCUUUCCCCUUCAGUGUCGAUAAGGGGUUCGUUCGCUCGCAUAGGAUGCAGAGGAAACAUUACAGGGGACUUUCCAACCCUCAGUGUGUUCACGGAAUCGAGGUUUUCUCGUCUCCUAAUCUUACAGUUCUCGAUGAAGAUGAUCGAAAGAGAUGGACUGAGCUCACGAGCCGGGAUUUGAACUUCACAAUUCCACCCGAGGCUAGCGAUUACGGCACGUGGAGAACUUUGCCCAACACAGAGUUUGAGCUAGAUAGGCAGCAGGUGCCUCCUGUCAAGGGAAGUAACAAUGGUAAUAAUACUACUAAUGGUAGUAGCAAUGGCCAUGCGAAAAAGCUGCCCAACGGGUCUGUGCUUAAUCUCUCAUCUCAGCCCACCAAUCACAGUAAUGGGGAUGUUGUGAUGGACUUAUCUCCUAUAGGGACCAAAAGGAAGAAGGAUUUUUUCUCGAAUGAUGAAGAGUGUUAUCUGGCAGCCAAUGGUCAGGAUCGAAUCCCAGAUUUAGAAGCUGUGCCUUACGAGCCAAACUGGUUGAAUGAAUUUAGCGGUGUUUUGAGAGACGUUUAUGGGCCUGUUACGGCUGCUAAGACGAUUUAUGAGGAUGAAGGGGGUUAUUUGAUCGUGACUAGUUUGCCGUUUGUGGAUCUACAGAGGGUCAAGGUUUCUUGGAGGAAUACGCUAACGCAUGGGAUUAUUAAGGUUUCUUGCACGAGUACAUCUCGUACUCCCUUUAUCAAGAGGCACAACAGGACUUUUAAGCUCACCGAUAGGUCGUCCGAGCAUUGCCCGCCUGGUGAGUUUGUGAGGGAAAUUCCUCUUUCGACUCGGAUACCGGAAGAUGCCAAGAUCGAAGCUUAUUAUGAUGGGGCCGGGACAGUGCUCGAGAUAUUGGUGCCUAAAUUGGGGGAAGGCCCCGAGGAACAUGAGGUUCGUGUGUGUUUACGUCCGCAUCAUGAGGGUAAUGAUCUUAUGUUGACUUAA